GCUCCAACAACGCUCGCCGUAAGCUAUAUCCUCUCGCUGCGACCAACGAUCAUGCGGAAGUUAGAAGGCCAUAAUAAUCAUUUUAUACUGUGCGAAUCUGUAAUGUGACUCUAGUCAAUUACUCCAAGACCCCUAUUACCUCCAAUCAACAUCGCCCAGUCAAGUUAUCACUAUGGCCGGGGAAGAUGCGACUGCUGUGUUCGACGAGAGCGAGACGGUAGCGUCUCCGCGAGAGAGGCCGUGGCUAUUGCCAUACAAUCGAAAGCUGCGACAUCUUCAAGGUAUCACUAUCCGCAACUUAACCCUCAACCCUUCGCCCUCGCGAACGCGCACGAAAACUAUAGACGAUGACGCUGUGCCGAGCACAUUGAAAUCACCGACCAAAGCAUUAGCUUUGAGGGAACAGCGAAAUCUCACCCACUCGAGGUCUUCAAGUGACCUGAAAUCCAAAGAGGAUAGCCUUGACGGUAGCAAUGGCACUCUACCCAAUCCUACCUCACCAGUUGGAGUUUCGAGGCCAGGAGCAAUCAAGGGAAUGCGAAGACGAAGCACUAUGGAGUGGGCCGGAGCAAGCCCAUUGAUCCGGCAGAAGAGGUUGGAAGAUGCGGUGGACGUUCGCAUGGCAGACACGUUCUUCUCUUUACACGCGGAUGGUCAGGAAGAGCCAAUAUACAUUUCUGAGACUGUGGAGAAGGCCAUGAACCCGAACUUCAGGCACUUCGAUCUGGGCUCCUGUGGACCCAACGUCACUCGCCUGGACAAGCUGACUGUCAAGGUUUGGGCCAAGAAUGACGAGACGAAUGGAUGGCAGUAUCUUAUCCAAUUCACCGUACACUUUAGAGCUCUACAAUUCAUCGGGAAGACCUUGGGAAGUCAGAGGCACACGCUCCCACAGAAUUGUAUACUUUUCCACAUGAUCGAUGGAAUCUAUACUAGCUUUACCGACCUCCCAGUACGAGAACAGAUACGACCUACGGAUCUUGCGCCACCCAAAGAGAAUCCGGAUGGUCGAGCCUCGAAUUCAUCAUCAUACGAUGCGCUGAUGCGACUCUCAACACUCGAUGAUUGCAUCCAAGACGCAUUGAACACGCGCGACAGGCUUGCUGAUGAGAUAGGGACCAUCUUGGAAGAUCAUAGAGAAGGCAUGUCCAUUAUCGAACAGGUACCGGAGGCCCAUGAUAGGCUCAAGAUGGUGGAAGCUGCUGUUAAUACAGAGAGACGACGAGUAGAGGCUGCGCGGAGGCGACGGGACGAAUUGAAAGCAAGCAUCGCAUUCCGAAAAGAAAAAGCGAAAGCCGGCUGGGAACUGCAGUCUAAGAUUGAGGAAGACACGGUCGCACAGAAGGAGAGCCAACACAAAAUACAAGAGACCCUCGCGACAACCGACGAAGACAUCGCCGGCCAGCGUCGACGCAUAUGCGAAGACCUACAAAAGAUCUUUCCGAUUGAGCCUAUACCCGGAAAGUCUCUUGGUUUUACUAUUUGCGGCCUUCCCCUACCAAACAGCGAAUAUGAUGAUGCGAAGGAAGAUGUCACAGCAGCAGCUCUCGGCUACGUUGCACAUAUCGUCUCCCUCUUGUCUCCCUACUUCUCUAUCAUCUUACCGUACCCAAUUACGCAGAAGGGGUCCACUUCUACCAUUGACGAUCCGCUUGCAAUGCGUACGAACAAUCAGAACAACCCCCGUACUUUUCCGCUAUUCAUGAAAGGCGUGGUACGAUAUCGUUUCGAGUACGGCGUCUUUCUUCUCAAUAAGAACAUUGAGAUACUUUCGAAUGCAAUUGGAAUUCGACCAGUCGACAUCCGCCACACAUUACCUAAUCUAAAGUACUUCCUCUUUGUGGCUACCGCCGGUAAGGGCGAGUUGCCGGCGCGGAAAGCUGGGGGGAUCCGAGGACUAUUCCGACAUGAGGGGAUGUCGUCAAGGAAAGGCAGCAUGGACAGCACAGCAACGGCGAGUAGCGCGGGUACAGCAGAGAUCAGACAUGAUCUAGAAGCAUUCUCCAAGAGAGCGGAUGCCACCAAGGCGAAUGGAGCUACGCAUCGCCCGACUCUAUCGAUGCAGAAGAAGACUGCUGUGGUAGCUGGAAGUAGGCUAAGAGAGGUUGGCUGAGAGCAGGCAGUGACCUAUCUCCCAAAACUUCUGCACCACUACGCCAUUGCUGUAGAUAUCUAAUGUGUACAUUACCCUUUUACAAUAAUUAUUUUGUGAAGCUCUCC